GUGACCCCUUGCGUGUCCCGGAAGUGAAAGCGGGGUAAUGCAUACCUGGAGUACUGGAAUCGCUCGGUAAUAAUCGCGUUUAGCGGCGGUUUUCUGCUUUAGAAAAUGGACACGUUGAAUAAACUGAAACAGUUUGACGCGUAUCCCAAAACUCUGGAGGAUUUCCGAGUGAAGACGUGGGGAGGAGCGACCGUGACCAUCAUCAGCGGGGUCAUCAUGUUAAUCCUGUUUGUCUCUGAGCUGCAGUACUAUCUCACUAAAGAGGUCCAGCCUGAGCUGUAUGUCGACACGUCACGAGGAGACAAACUGAAAAUCAACAUCGACAUCAUUUUCCCUCACAUGCCCUGCGCCUAUCUCAGUAUAGAUGCGAUGGACGUGGCUGGGGAGCAGCAGUUAGAUGUUGAGCACAACCUGUUCAAGCAGCGGCUGGAUAAAGACCUCAAAUCUGUCACCAAUGAAGCAGAGAAACAUGAACUUGGUAAGGCUGACGAUGGUGAAGUGUUUGACCCCAGUACACUGGACCCGGACAGAUGUGAGAGCUGCUACGGAGCUGAGACUGAAGAGCUCAAAUGCUGUAACACUUGUGAUGACGUGCGGGAAGCGUACCGCCGGCGAGGCUGGGCGUUCAAGAACGCAGACACCAUCGAGCAGUGUAAGAGGGAGGGCUUCACACAGAAAAUGCAGGAGCAGAAGAAUGAAGGCUGCCAAGUUUAUGGCUUCCUCGAGGUCAACAAGGUGGCAGGAAAUUUCCACUUUGCUCCUGGAAAAAGCUUCCAGCAGUCUCAUGUCCACGUGCAUGCUGUGGAAAUACACGACCUGCAGAGCUUUGGCUUAGACAGCAUAAACAUGACCCAUCUGAUAAAACACCUGUCAUUUGGUAAAGAUUAUCCCGGCCUCGUCAACCCUCUGGACGGAACAGACGUCACAGCGCCACAGGGCUCAAUGAUGUACCAGUAUUUUGUGAAAAUCGUCCCUACCAUCUAUGUGAAAACUGAUGGAGAGGUACUAAAAACCAACCAGUUCUCAGUCACCAGACAUGAGAAAGUAGCCAACGGGCUGAUAGGAGACCAGGGGCUGCCGGGAGUCUUUGUUUUAUACGAGCUGUCGCCGAUGAUGGUGAAAUUCACAGAGAAACACAGAUCAUUCACACACUUCCUAACAGGAGUCUGUGCCAUUAUUGGAGGUGUGUUUACAGUGGCUGGUCUGAUCGACUCGCUCAUCUACCACUCGGCACGAGCCAUCCAGAAGAAGAUAGAGCUGGGCAAGACAUCCUAACAGCGUCCCCCGCCGGCCUCCAAUGGCGCAACACGGACUGAGACGCGCACACACACCAAGACAGAAGAAGAGGGACAGUCAGGCAAAGGGAGAAAUUUGUUUUUGCUUCCUCUUCUUGUCUUCUGUCAGCAAGAAACAGAGGUUUAAAAUCAACCUCUCUCCUCUGUCUGGAGAAGCACUAAAGAGGAUUUUAUAGGCUUCUUCAAAUUUUUUGUCUUCACUGUUAAUUUCAGUGCCAACAGGACAGAGUCAGAAUCCGAUGGCAACAAGAGACUUUAUAAGAUUCAAGAGAGGACGCCUUAACAGUUCAAACCCAAGGAGCUGCCUCCCCUCCGUCCGUCUUUUCAGCACCAGUCCGUUUGUCAGAGGAUCUAUGGUGAAGUCUUUGUUCUAGAAGAGUGGGGAUGAGAAGGCAGGUGACAUUUUAAAGGAAUAGGCCACCCAAAAUGUUUUGUUUGCUUUUGCCUUAUAACCUAAUAGAUGAAACAAAUGUGUCCUGCAUUUCUUUAUUCUAAAUCAUGGACGACCUGACAGGACACAGAGGAGUUUGUUUUAAAAUUGUAUUUCAUCAUGACCACAAGAAAGUUAUUUUGUGAUGUCAGUAAAGGUUUAUUGACAUCAUGAAAGAACUGUUUACUUUUGGUGACAUUUUAUAAUUUUCUUAUUGUCCACAAAUCCCUUGAAAAGACCAAACCAAGUCCAAGUGUUGUCUGUGUAUCCAAAGCCUGAUUUAUUGAUUUAUCUUCUUCCUCUCUCUUUGCAUUGGAGUUCUGGCACCAAACGCUCAGUGUGGUCCAAACACACAUCAGUGACAUGAGUGACAUGUUCCUUCAGCAUGCUGAACACACAGUGUAAUUUACUUUGGCUCAGUCCCACACACGCACACACACACACACACACACACACACACACUGUCUUGCUGCUGGAAAUACUUACUACAGAACCAAAUGAUUAAUCCACUGCUGAAAAUAGCCCCAAUUAAUGCACUAUUUCCUGCUGUUUGAGUAACAUUUGCAUAAACCUAAAGUGGCCAACUGUUUAAAAAAAUUAUUUAGUCCUUUUUAAACAUGAAACUAUAUUUUUGUGAGCCAUUUUUAAUGAUUUACAUCUUUUGGUAAGAACCCAGGGAUGAAGUUCAUGUACUGAGAGAGUAACAUGAUUUUGGUUUUGGUCUUUUCAUAGGUUAUGUUGACAGUACCAGAACCACAAAAUACAGCCAAUGUUUUAAGUUCUCUACACCUGCACUCUUUGUCUGGAAUUUAAUCAAAAGUUUAAAAAUUAACAACAUGUAAUUAUAUUCCAUUGCUUGGGGGGAAAAAAGUUCAGAUCCAAGUGGGAUCUGAAAGGGGCAUAAGAUCAUGAGUAUGCUAAACAAGGAGACAUUUUGACAUUGUGUUGCUGUUGUGUGACAGACACACACGCACUCUCCUCCUCCACAAACAUCCUCCUCCUUCUAAAAAUGAAUCUGGUUCUCCAGGCCUGAAGCUGUGCUGUUGGUUUUAGGUGACGCGUUCCUGAAGAGACUUGAGCUACUUGAAAAAAGCUGAUUUUUUUUUUUUUUGUUUUGUUUUUUUGUUUUUUUGAAGCAGCUACAACAGUGACACAAUAAAGGCAGAUUUAUUUAACCACACUUAUGCCUGGUUCAGACUACACUUUUUUUCUGUCUGCUACGAUGAUCACUAUGUCAGAUUACACAAUUAUAGAGUGAUAAAUUCUUGGACAAGGGACAUGACUGCACGUUGGUACCCAACAGAUCACAGCUGUGUGUUUGUAAAAGCAUAAAACACCAGGGGCAAACAGCCCAUGGACCUGUCUUAGGGGUCUGGUACAGGAAGACAUAGAUGUCAGGGUACAGAUCCCACCUCCAAGGCUCUGAUUGGUUUUGGUUGUAAUUACACAAGCACAGCAGCCUGUGUUGUGUCUCCUUCACAGGGGUCUAGAAGUAGCUGUUAAAAAGAAGUGUUUCAAGCCCGUAGUAAAAUAAGGUAGCUACUUCACCAGUGAAAGUCACUGUGCUAACAUUAGCUGUAUCACUGUGAUAUUCAGUGGAAAACGCUGUGAACAGAAGAACCAUCUGUGCUCCUGUUGGUCAUUGGUGCCUCAUCUCGUCGUAGACGAUGUAAAAAAUUCUGACGUGCUAGACUUUGUGCUGGGACAUCGUGAGGUAUCCCAGAUGUAGAAUCGGUUUGUUGUUUACGAUGACACAGUAUAUAAAGUAAAACGAUUGAUUGUCACCUCUGACACCAUUUGUCGGUUCAGUCAUGUUGGGCUGUUAGCGGGCUUGAAUCAUGUAGUCUGAACUGGGCAUUAGUUUAAAACCAUUAGUGUUGGGUUUUUGAGUUUGUAGAAAAAUUAGGUGAUCCUGAUGGAGGCUGGUGUCGUCUGUGUGUGUCCCCCCCGACUGUGUGCAGUUGUUUAGACUGAACUGACAUUUUUGUGUGUCCAUCGUGUCCCUGUCUCAUCACAGACACUGGUGAUGCAGGUCCACCUGGUCAAUACAAACUUUGAACAAACCUCAACUUGAUGCAGACGUUGGGUAAAACGCGUCCGUCGUUUUCAUCAAUGCUUGAGGUUUCAGGAGCUGUUAGCAGUAGCGGUUCACCAGACACAGUGAAGUUAGCAUUUGCCAUGUUGAGAUGGGAGUUGUUAUUUCUGUGUGUUGACUCACGAUGACCUAUUUUCAUGCCAAUGUUUUGUUGCCAUUUUAUAGGCUCUGGCACAGGAAGACAGUGUUCCCAUUUUAAAUACCACCUUCAAAGCUCUGAUUGGUUUGGUUGUGAUUACAAACGGGAACGGCUGUCGGUGAUCACAACACCAGAGCUAUAUGAGUUACUGAAAAAGCCUGAGAUGUGUGCAGCACUUUAGAUGUGUGGAACCAGGCUAAACCAGUGCUUUGUUUGGAGGAUACCAGGCUCCUAUGUUUUCAAAUCCUUUACAUAAGGUGUGUUUCCACCAGAGUUCCUGGUACUUCCUGUUCCCAGGAACUAAAAUCUAAGAACAUUCCCUGGGGUAAAAGUCUCUUGAGCACAUUGUGACCUGAUUACCACAGCGGGGCCAAAGCCCCUGGCAGAUUAAACACAUUGCCCUUUGACAUAAAAGUGUGUGUGUGUGUGUGCACAGGAGCGGGCUGAACACCACAUGUAAAGUGCUGCAUGCUGUCUGACCAAUCAGCUUGCUCAGCAGCAGGUUCCUGUUUCCUGGAGAAAGUUUCUUUUUUGGAAAGGUGGCUUGAAAAAAAGGUUUUAAGAUGGAAUCAGUGACAUCAGAAGCCGAAGGUGGAAGGCCUGCAGUGUGCCUGGAGCCACAGUCGGUACUGUUCAGUGCUUUAAGGGUCAGCUGGGAACAAACCAAGCAGCUGCAGCCAAUGUUUGCAUCAUGUGGAUUAGUGUCUUUAGCUCUGUGGGUUGGACCAAGAGUACGAAGACGAAGCUUGACCACCUCGGUGUCUGCCUCUCUUCCUCUGCUCUGCAUCCACCUUCACCUGCACACAAUGUUUUAAAUUGAUUGCCACCAGAAAAUGAAUGUGUUCAGGUGCUAUCUUAGGAGAAAUGAUCCCUUUUCCUGGCUCGUUCCUGAACAUGAUCAUGCAGCGAUUUGCUAAUGAACUCGCAUAUGAUUUUAGCUCCUGUUCUUUUUUGUUUUCAGGAGUGUAAACACUGUACAAACGUCCAUCACUGCUCCAGAGAAGGGAAGGAAACGACUAAACAUGAAAUGAAUCCCACCCAGUGGAGUGUUGGACUGUGUCAGUGUUUAAAAACUCACACAUGUUAAACAGAAACGUCUAGGAGAAAAGGCUCCUUCUGUUCUGCUUUUCGUUCUUUUACUCUGAGAUCAUUCAACAUACUCUGCUCUUUAAUUAUAUGCUUUUUUUUGUUUUUAGUGUGUGGGAGUUGGGAAUAUCAGAGGAUAGUAACACAGCCAUUAGCUUCACAUGGCAGCCCUGCUGAGGUGACCCUGUGCAUCUUUCACAGUGUCUGUCUCGUCCAGAAAUGUUGGUCUGUAAAUGACAAGGCCAGUGGGGAGGCAGCAGAAACCACCACACCACAAAAUGACAGUGUUGAAAUGCAUUGCUGAUUGUGACUUUGUUCCUGACUCACAUGUUGAGUCACCGUAUGAGACCCAGAUGUUUGUACCAGUUUGAUCUUCACCCUGUGUUUAUUUUUGAUCGUCCUGAGUGUUAGACAGACAGCAGCAGAUGCCGGCGUGAGACCACACUGGUGCUCCCACAGCUCAUUCACUACACCUCGAGGCGUACUUAACAUCACUGCAGACCAGUUUCACAAGCACACCAUCAGUUUGGUGUAUUGAGCCUUUGGUUUCAGUUCAUGUCUGCAUGUUGAGGGAAUCGAUUUACAGUCCAGGCAGUCAGACCUUACAGCACCGGACCAAACUACUUUUUACAUUUCUACGAUGCUUGUUCCCAUUUGACUCGACAGGACUUAAUGAGAUGGUCUUAAAAGAGUGUGAAAGUGUGGGUUCAUUCUGAAUCUGAGAACGAAACUUGUGGCAGUUGCGCCUCCACAAAUAGUAGUAUUAUUAGUAUUAGUAUAAGUAUUUUGGCUGUGAAGAGACGUGUUGAUGAUCAUAAAUACCAAAAGUCCUCUCUGUGUUUAAAAGGCUUCUGAAAUCUGGAUGUUGCCGUUUGGUUGUGAUAUUUGCUGAUGACUCUAUUGAUGGUUGUUGCACCUUUUAACAUUAAAUCAGGGGCAGCGGUUGUGUGUGUGUGUGUGUGUGUGUGUGUGUGUGUGUUCUGACGCCA